GUUAUUGUUGUUUUAGAAAUGUGUGUUCACUGCUCAAUUAUUCUGACAGCACUCCAAAUCUUCAGGUCAUCUGCUCAUUUUCAUGUCAUUUAAUACCUAAAUACAAUUCUGUAUCAAUUUAUUUAACUGUCAGUUCUGCAGGAAGACAGUUAAAUAAAUAGGACUUGUACAAGUAAGGUAGAAUAAUGAGUAACAAGCUUCCAUUGGACAAUGACAAUAUUUACAACAGAAAUGAUGUAAACAAUGAGCAGAGAUAGACACCAGACACUGGACUGGUGCAUCACCCUGGAUGUAAACUGUAAACCAAGAAACAUUCAGUAAACAAACAUGUCACUUCCAUGAGACAAAGAGUCAACGAGUGCAAGUAAAAGAACUGAUGAUGGUUUUAGGACACACUAAAAUCCAUCAGUGACUAAAAGCUAACAGUGAAAUGAACUCACCUACAACCAGGGCUUGCUGAAGCUGAUUUCCACCCUUAACAUCCCUCAGCGAUGGUUUUGUUGUAAGAUAAAGAGAUUUGGGUUCAAGGUCAAGGUCAUCACUCCAAGUAGCAUGGCCGGUGCUUUGCCUGACUUAGGGGGUUAUAUUUCCCUCAUCCGUUCUGCACACAUUUUCCCUUGUGUAGAUCCCUCUGAACUAGCUCAAGGGCAGCGCAGUGAUGCAGUGGGUGCAGCGACAAGGGCCUGGGUUCGAUUCAUGUUCGCCUGGUUUGCAUGUUCUCCCUGUGUUUACGCGGGUUCUCCGGCUUCCUGGUUCUCUGAGUCUAGCUGUAUUUGGCCUGAAUUCCCACACUCUCGAAUUGCUUGAGCAGUGAAGUUACACAGCUUGUAUUUAGCAUUAUAGCAUCAGUUAUAUCUCUACCACUGCGAUAUCAAAGAUCCUAAGGAAUCUAAGGAUAUGCCAAAUCAUGCUAGCUAUCACAUGCGGUGAGGUAUAAGCCAAAGAACAACAUAUGCUAAGCUAACUGCUAGCUAAAUAAACAAUGUAAACAAUAAAAUAACAUCACAUACAGCUCAUGUUAUUGGCAACCCAAUCAUAUUCUCUGUUAUUCCGGCGUUCUGGGAACUUAUCCAAUCACUCUCUUGCUUGUCUAAAGUGAUUUAUUGGUCAGCCAUUAUUAGUGGGUGGAAGUAGUGUCAAUAAUAUGUUGGUGAUUUUAUGCCAAUUGCAUAGCUUCUGAUGAGAAAAAUUACACCUCAUUGGUAACAGUCAGUUGUUGCUAGGCAAAAAUAUGGCUGAACAGACACCUGCCCCCCCACCUGCCCUCUGGUGGCCAAUGUGACAGAUGUUGACAAGCGCUAGAUAAUGACUGUAUGUAAAAGUUCUUUUUCUUUGUAAAUUGUUGUUUUUUUUAAAGAUGAAAUUAUAUUGUCAGUUUAUUUAUCCUUUAUUAAUUUCAGUUUGUCCUUGUGAAUUUUAUUUAUUGAACAAUCCUUAUUUGUUUUGCUUUGACACCUGUGUUACUGUACAUCGCCCUUUUGAGCUUCCUGGGUUUCCGUAGUCCUCACGUUCUCUCCGCUCUCAUAAUGCAACGGCUGAGGGUAGGUUGUACAGAGAAACGUGGCUCAUGUUAUUUUUAUGUUUUCUCAUAAAAAUGUUUUAGUUACGUUGUUGUUUUAUCAGUGUGUAAUUUUCUGUCUAUUAUAUUACAAUAAAUGUAGUUCUUUUGUUAUUUAGGACUCUUUUGUAUGGUUCGUUCGCUCAAAGUUAGCUUGGCGCCAUUAACUGCCUGAUAUUAGUCACUAAUGAAGCCCUGACAACUUUAAUUAGUGUACAAUUUUAUUUCAAUAUUUAUAGGAAGUGAGAUGUGCAGUACAGAUUCGGAGACAGGCUGUGUAUUGCGUUGCUGUCUUCAACAGAGCAAAGGAGAACAACCCUCGUGUCUUCUUCAGACAGAACUGAAACAUUUUACUUUUUGUUUUAUAUCAGUAACACUUAGACUAACUUUUACACCUUGGCAGCACACAAGUGUUCACUAUAUUAAGAUAAGAAGAUAAGAAAAACCUUUAUUAGUCCCACAGUGGGGAAACUACACACAACAGCAAGUACAGGGCAGAGAAAUACAGCGACAUAAUCAGAAACAGUUAAAAAGACACUUUGUGAAACUUUGUGUUGGCACAGUAUAAUGCAGUACAGUAUAGGUAGAGUGAGGUCAUUGGAAGGGUUAUUGCACAGUAAUAAAUAUAAAUAUUGUACCAGUUUGCACAAUUAUUGUCCAGAAAAAAGUUGCACAAUGUAACUAUAGAAUAGAUAUAUAAUAAUGCACAGGGUUUGCACAAAUAUUGUACAGAGGAGAUUACUACGUAACUACUGAUGCAGUGGAUGAGUGAAUGUAGUGGGAGGUAGAUAGCAGUUCGGAUUGUAUAGUCUUACAGCAGCAGGUAGGAAAGACCUGCGAUCUCUCUCCUUCACACAGCGAGGGUGGAUCACUCUGCUACUGAAGCUGCUCUCCAGAGCAGACAGUGAGUCCUCCAGUGGGUGAGAGACCUGGUCCAUGAUGGAUGUGCGUUCAGCCAGGACCCUCCUCUCACCCACCUCCUGCACCGUGUCCAGAGUGCAGCCCAGGACAGAGCUGGACUUCUUGAUGAUCCUGUCCAGUCUCUUCCUGUCCCUCUCUGUGAUGCUGCCCCUCCAGCAGACCGCACUGUACAGGAUGGCUGAUGCCAUCAUAGUCAUAGAAGGUCUUCAGGAGUGGCCCCCUCACUCCAAAAGACUCAGUCUCCUUAGCAGCUCUCAUGUUUCACAACGUGGGUGCCAUAUAUUGUUUAUUUAUCACCUGCCUUCAACAGACCUCAGCUUUCCAAAACAAGUCUCCAACACACAGUGACUGGUUGCGCUGUUGUUCACAUCAACCGUUGCCAAGCAUUAGAAAUUCUAGGACACACGUAUGAGUUCAUGUGCAUCUGAGGCUGGUGGAAAGUCACAGUUGACAAGAGGAGGGGCAGCUACUGGUGCAGGUCUGCUUCACGGGCUCCAUCACACAGGCAACAGGCGCAGAAAUGAUCUCAGCAACGUCCAGCACCGUGGAGAUGGUUCCACAAGAAAAACGUCAAGCGAACAUAGAGGAUUAUGUGGAGGAUAAGAACUCAGGACGACUGGGAUGCUUCGGUUGGCUGCUGGUUAUCCUGUCCUUCCUCUUUGUCCUAGCAACCUUCCCAAUCACGCUGUUCUCGUGUGUGAAGAUAGUGAACGAGUACGAGCGAGCUGUGAUUUUUAGACUUGGACGGAUCAUAUCGAAGAAGCCUAAAGGACCAGGGCUUUUCUUCAUUCUGCGCUGCACUGACACCUUCGUGAAGGUCGAUCUAAGAACUGUGUCCUUUAACAUCCCUCCACAAGAGCUUCUCACCAAGGACUCGGUGACGGUGUGUGUGGACGGCGUGGUGUAUUUUAGAGUGUACUGCCCCAUCUCAUCUGUGGCUAACGUCGCCAAUGCCAACGCAUCUACGCAUCAACUGGCUCAAACCACACUAAGGAAUGUGCUCGGUACCAAAAACCUGUCAGAACUGUUGUCUGACAGAGAGGAUCUUUCACACAGCAUGCAGGAAGCUCUGGAUGAAGUCACAAAGGUGUGGGGCAUCAAGGUGGAGCGUGUGGAGAUCAAGGACGUGAAGCUGCCUCUGCAGCUGCAGAGAGCCAUGGCAGCAGAGGCGGAGGCCAGUCGGGAGGCCAGGGCUAAGAUCAUUGCUGCAGAGGGAGAGGUCAAGGCCUCCCGAGCGCUGAAGGAAGCAUCUCUGGUCAUUGCUGAGUCGCCCUCCGCUCUACAGCUGCGAUAUCUACAGACCCUCAGCACCAUCUCAGCAGAGAAGAACUCAACCAUCAUCUUCCCUCUGCCCAUAGAUAUCCUGCAGGGCUUCAUGCAGAGUAAAUGAUGAACACUAGCGUGAAGUAAGUCUACUUAAGCCUGAUACAGUUAUCAUUUACUGCUCAACUAUUUUCAUGUCAUUUAAUACUUAAGUACAAAGUGCAAACGUGGACAUCAGUGCCUCAUAAUCACAGGGUUUCACAAGAUAAGCUACAGCUGCAGUUCUGCAGGAGGACAGUUAAAUAAAUAGGACUUAAACAAGUAAGGUAGAAUAAUGAGUAACAAGCUUUCAUUGGACAAUGACAAUAUUUACAACAGAAAUGAUGUAAACAAUGAGCAGAGAUAGACACCAGACACUGGACUGGUGCAUCACCCUGGAUGUAAACUGUAAACCAAGAAACAUUCAGUAAACAAACAUGUCACUUCCAUGAGACAAAGAGUCAACGAGUGCAAGUAAAAGACCUGAUGAUGGUUUUAGAACACUCAAAAAUCGACCAGUGACUGAAAACCGAGAGUGAAACAAACUCACCUACAACCAGGGCUUGCUGAAGCCGAUUUCCCCCUUUUAACAUUCCUCAGCUGGUUUUCUUGUCAGAUAAAAAUUUGGGUUCAAGGUCAAAUUAUGGAUACAGGUCAAAACCAGAAAUUCAGCUCGUUGUCAUUGUGUUAAAUAACACAGGCCCAAAGACCUUUUGUAUUAGAGCAACCUCAUUUUACUCAGUGACACCUCAGCAGGGAACAGCCCAGAUGUGGAGCAGUAGCAUCGAUUUAGUAGACGAUUUGUUCUUAACUCAAAUGUCCUGUGAACAACAAAACCAAGCUUUGCCACUUUGCUACAUUCAAAGGGGUCAGAUACCGUUUUUACUGAUUGCACGAUGCUAUUCAAGAUUUAGACAAAAUUGUUCAUCUAUCCAAUUUCACUCAAAGAAAAA